GGGGACCAGCACGAGCCAGCCUCCCACACACAGCACUGCCAGCUAAACUCACGCAGACUCUAACAUCAUGUCUCAGACUGCCAAGUCCGCCUCCAACCAGGGCACUGAUGCCAAGGACAAGGGUGCCCCCGCUGCCACCAGCAAGGCCACCAAGACCGGAGACCCUGGCAUGGGUUCCUUCAGAAUUAUGCUGUUCGACCAGGAGAACUUCCAGGGAAGAAUGAUUGAGGUCCAGAACGAGUGUAUGAAUGUGUGUGACCGCGGCAUGGAUAGAGUGCGCAGUAUCAUCGUGGAGAGCGGCCCCUUUGUUGCCUUUGAGCAGACUAACUUCCGUGGGGAGAUGUUCAUCCUGGAGAAGGGCGAGUAUCCUCGCUGGGAUACCUGGAGCAACUCUUACCGCAGCGACUGCCUCAUGUCCCUCAGGCCCAUCCGCAUGGACAGCAUGGAGCACAAGAUCUGUCUGUUUGAGCUGUGUGACUUCAAGGGCAACAAGAUGGAGAUCCAGGAGGAUGACGUGCCCACCCUCUGGGCGCAUGGUUUCACCGACAGAGUGGGCAGCGUGAAGGUGCCUGGUGGAGUGUGGGUGGGUUACCAGUACCCCGGCUACAGAGGCUACCAGUACCUGUUCGAGUGUGGUGAUUACAGACACUACAACGAGUUCUCCGCCUUCCAGCCCCAGAUCCAGUCCAUGCGUCGUGUCAGGGAUAUGCAGUUCCACCAGAGAGGAUGCUUCAACUUCACCGCCGCCAGCAAGUGAGGGACCCCUGCUGGACGCCUGGUGUAGUUGCAACCAGCUCUCAACCGCCCAUCCGGCGCUUUUUAUUUUUCCUUAACCUCUCUUCCUCCCUAAAAUGACCCAAACCUCGACCCUCAUCCCUCCAACCCAAAGGAAUAGAAUGAUAGCAUCGUACCGGACAACCUAAAUGACUUUAUAUGAUGCCAAAAAUAAACAUGUUUGGAAAAACUUGAA